AUGUCUGGAAAACACUUGCUGCUUUUGCUCCUCAUUGCUGUUCUCAUCACCACCGGUUGUCUUGCUCAUCAUGAUGACUACAAACAUGACAAGAAGCCGCCCAAGAAGAAAUCCCCUAAGGGCGAUUAUCAUAAACCACCUGCUAAACAUGAUAAAAAGCCACCCAUGAAGAAGUAUCCACCAGAAGAGAAGCCCCCAACGGCACCUUACAAACCACCUUCGGUACCAAGAAAUCCUUCAGCAACCUAUUUUUCAAGAACAAGGUUCCUUAUAGUAGUAGUGAUCUUCACCGCUCAUUGCCUUGCUAAUCAUCAACAUGAUCAUCGCAAAACUUCUCCACGGCACAAGUCAAUUGAAAACCGGAAACCAUUACCUCAACACAAAUCAUUAGUACCAUCCAAGGGAGAAAAGGUAUCAACUGGGAAAAAACCUCCAGUGCCUCCACAAAACCGGGAAAAGCCACCACAUGAGGAUCACAAAUCUCAUGUCUCAGGUGGAAAAGCUCCUAAAAGGGGUGCUAACAAACCACCUGUUGAACAUAGCCCACAAUUGCCUCCGGGUAGAAAUGAGCUUCCUCUGAAGAAGCUACCCCCUUCUGAAAAGAAGCCCCCAUUGCCACCCCACAAACCACCCUCGACAUACUGA